AUGUCUAAUCAAGAACUAUCCUCAAUUUUUCCUCUGCUGUUUAUCUGCUUCUUUAGGGAGAGCUUCUGCAUUUGUGAUGGAACUCUCUGGACAAAGGUUGGAUGGGAGAUUUUUCCAGAAGAAGUAUACUGUCUGAAAGCUAAGCCUUCACCAUCUCACUGUCUACCUUACCCUUUGAACAAACUAUGCUGCAACUUUGCUAGCAUGGAUAUAUUUCAGGGUUGUCUACAUCUCAUUUAUAUUUUUGCACAAGCCCUCUUUUUAAUCCUAUCUGUAUUAUCUGUGCAUUACCUAUGGAUGAAAUGGAAGAAACACACAAAAAAGCUGAAAAAACAAGCCUCCUUAGAUAAAAGUGGUCAUCAUCUAGAAAGUCCAUCCAGCUAUGACAUUGACCAAAUACUCUGCAGACUGGUGACCACAACAUCACUGAUGUCUGAGUACCUGAAGCUGGUGUCCCACAGUCCUUCCUUUAAGAAAACUAAACACCGAAAAUUAACGAGGAAGAAGAGUGAAGGAGAAAGAGCCAGAGAAUAUUAA